UAAAAAGAUUAAAUAUUUAAUGAUAUAAUAAUGAAAAUAUCAGACGUACGUUUUAAAUAGAAGUAAUAUAUUUUUUUUACUUUAGUAAAAUUUUGCCAUGGCCAAAGUGAAAACUUAUGAAUUGGUUGCCCCGGAUGGCGGUUAUGGUUAUAUUAUUUUAACAUGUGUUUUUGUAAAUUUGUCAAUGUUAAGUGCAUAUGUAAAUUGCUAUGGAAUUAUAUACAAGGACUUUUUUAGUGAAUUAGAAAUGGAUUCCACAAAUAUUACAGCAUUGAAUGGAAUAAAUUCAAUGAGUUCAGCAAUAGGAAGUUUAAUGACCUCAUUUUUUCUAAAGAGGCUGUCGAAACGGAAAAUGGCUCUAAUUGGAGCUACUCUAUGGAAUUCAGGACUGUUUUGUACAGUUUUUGCUCAAUCUAAAAUAAUUUUGUUUAUAUUUCAAGGCGUUGCACAGAGUCUCGGACAGGGCAUAAUAUUCAACAUUUCAAGCACGGCUCUUAAUGAUUACUUUGUUAAAAAAAGAAGUCUAGCAGUUAGUGUUUCACAAACAUUAUUAGCGGUUCUAUGUCUUGUGGCACCUCAAUUCUUUAAAUGGUCCAUAAAUGUCUUCGGAUAUAGAAACAGUUUAAUAUGGCUUUGCGCUUUAUCUGUGCAUAUGAUAAUUGCUGCAGCUCUUACGCAACCAGUAUCGUGGCACAUGAAGAAGAUUGAGAUCUCACCAAAAGAGCAAGAAUUAAAAAUACUAUUAAAUGAGAAUAAUAUGAACCACACAACAAAGGCGCUUAAUGACUCUACCAGUAUUGAUGUAGAUAGACUACAAACUAUCACAGAAGAUAACAAACAAAAAAAGAUUGGGGGCUUUUUGAAUGAUUUGAUAGAUUUUAAGCUUAUAAAAAGUUUCUUGCUAUCAAUAGAAUGUGGAGGUGCCACAUUCGUAAUGACAAUAGAGUUUAUAUUUUUGAUGAUUCUUCCACAAGCCCUUCAAUCGUGUGAGUUUAACUGGAGUGAGGACGAUACAGCGAUGGCGUUUACUUUAGUGGCUGUAGGUGAUUUAUCCAUGAGGAUUCUUAUGAUAGUCUUUAAUAAAUUGAUGAAUAAAUGGGGUAGCCGUCCGAUUUACGUGUUUGGAAUUAUGCUUGCAUUUGUAACGAGAAUAGGUAUUUUAACAUCCAACAGCCAGAUUUUAACCUUUAUUUUAUUGACAUUGAUGGGAAUGUCAAGAUGCAUCAUUUUAGUUGUGAUAAUUCUAGUCGUUUCGGAAUCUGUAAAGGAGGAUGAAUUCUCAGCCGCCAUCGGAAUCUUUAUGGGUGCCAUAGGAAUUCUUAAUCUAACCAUAGGACCAUUAUUAGGUGCUAUCAGAGAUUACACAGACAGCUACAUAAUAACAUUUUACUUGAUGACAGCAAUCAUGGGCGCUGUAGGUGUUUUAUGGAUAUUGAAGAAUAUAUGUGUUAAGAAACGGAAAAGUUUACAGUAAAAUAAAUAAUAUCAUUAUUCUUAGUUAAUUAAUGAAUGUAACCAAAGAUAUUUUUAUUACCUAUUUCAAUUAAUUGCAAUGCCAAAUGCUUUGAAAUAUUUCUCUUGUAGAAAGUAUGACAUUAAUUAGUUACAGUAAAAAUUUAAUAGAAGCAAAUGAAACAGAAAAGGGAUAUUUAGAAUUAAUGAAGGACGUUUUAAAUAGUUUUUUUAAAAUGUAUAAUGCACUAUGAUGUCGUCACAGAAUUAAAGCGUCACCGCGAAACUUCUUGGUCAAUAGGAAAUAAGAAUCGAGCGUAAUUUACAAUAUGUAUUAUGUCAACAGUUAGUAAUUGCUCAGUUACAGUAAACUUUUAAUACAACUCGUAAAGAACGUUCUACGAAUGAUGUGUUUGCUUUUGUUACUAUCGCUUACGCUAUUUCUAAACGUAAGUUUAUUAUUGCUUUACGUAAAGUAUUUGACUACACUUACUGUUUUUUUUUAAAUCAAAUAUUUUAAAAUAUAACUGCAUUUGUAAUAGUAGA